GCUACUCGACAUUCUUAUCAUUCCCCUUCUUCCUCACCACUAUUCUCUUUCACUUUCUCCUUCUCUACUAUUAUUACUCCUCUUCCUUACCUUCUUCUUCCAUGGUUAUUCCUUCCACACCAUGCCGCCCUCCUUCUCUCUCCCUUUCCUCCAUUUCCUCGAGAUUCUGCGAAGCGCAUUUGCAAAAUCUCCAACAGAAGAGAGUCCUUCAAACGUAGCAGGAAAUGGAAGCAAUCACAGCAGUAAGUACAACAGCAAUGAAGAUGAUAAUUUCACUAGUGGAAGCUGGAGCAACCCCAUUGAGUGUUACGCAUGCACUCAAGUAGGCGUUCCAGUUUUCCACUCAACAAGUUGUGAUCAGGCGGGCCAACCCGAAUGGGAGGCUUCCGCUGGAUCCUCUCUUUACCCAACCCGUCCGGGAACCAAACAAUCCCGUGGAAAACGACCGUUACUGUGGCCUAAAGGACUAUUCGGGCCGGUUGUAGACCCAAGAAGCGGGAGGGUACGGAAGUGGAACCGGGUUAUACUGAUUGCACGUGCGGUAGCAUUAGCCGUUGAUCCUGUGUUCUUCUAUGCGCUGUCCAUCGGAAAAGGUGGUUCGUGUCUGUAUAUGGAUGGGGUUUUAGCAGCGGUUGUGACACUUAUUCGCACGGGUGUGGAUAUUGUUCAUCUGUGGCACGUGUGGCUUCAAUUCCGGCUGGCGUUCGUGUCAAGGGAAUCACUGGUGAUUGGAAGCGGGAAACUCGUGUGGGACGCACGUGCAAUUGCGUCACAUUAUGUGCGUUCUUUGAAAGGUUUCUGGUUUGAUCUUUAUGUUAUUCUCCCUAUACCACAGGUCGUAUUUUGGUCUGUGGUACCAACAUUACUCAGACAGGAUAAAAUAAAAAUUUUGAUGACGAUACUCCUGCUGAUAUUUUUGUUCCAAUUCCUGCCCAAAGCCUACCACAGCUUCUACUUAAUGAGGAAAAUGCAAAAGGUCACUGGAUACAUCUUUGGAACAAUUUGGUGGGGAUUUGGACUUAAUCUUGUUGCUUACUUCAUUGCUUCUCAUGUUGUUGGAGGAUGUUGGUAUGUUCUUGCAAUACAACGCGUUGCAGCUUGCCUCAUUCAACAAUGUAGUAGGAUAGGAAAGUGUAACAAGUCCCUGUCUUGCGCCAAGGGAAUUUGUUAUGAAUUUUUGCAGCAACCGAAUACGAUAGCAAGAUGUGGUGCCAAUUCCACGAUCCAUCGAGUGUCGUUUUGCUUGAAUGAUAACGGACCUUUCAGUUAUGGCAUUUAUAGUUCAGCCGUGCCUGUCAUUUCUAGCAAUGCCAUCAUCAUUAAGAUUUUUUAUCCGAUUUCUUGGGGUUUGUUUCAACUAAGCACCUUUGGCAAUAAUCUUACUCCAACAAGCCAAUGGGCAGAAGUUUUGUUCUGUAUGUGCCUCGUUCUUGGUGGCUUAAUGCUUUUCACCUUGUUGAUAGGAAACAUUCAGGUAUUUCUGCAUACCGUAAUGGCAAAGAAGAGAAGAAUGCAGUUAAGAUGUCGAGAUAUGGAAUGGUGGAUGAGGCGAAGGCAAUUGCCAUCGCGUUUAAGACAUAGAGUCCGUCACUUUGAACGUCAAAGCUGGUUGACUACCGGAGGAGUUAAUGAGAUGGAGUUAAUAAAAGAUUUGCCUGAAGGCCUUCGUCGUGACAUCAAACGCUAUCUUUGUCUUGAUCUGAUGAAAAAGGUACCACUAUUUCGCUGCUUGGAUGACCUUAUCCUUGAUAACAUAUGUGACAGAGUUAAACCAUUGAUUUAUUGUAAAGAUGAAAAGAUAAUGAGGGAAGGUGAUCCAGUACAAAGAAUGGUAUUCAUAGUAAAAGGGAGAAUACAAAGCAAACAAAAUCUAAGCAAAGGGAUAGUAGCAGAAGAUAUUCUUGGUGCAGGAGCAUUCUUAGGUGAUGAGCUGUUAUCUUGGAGUCUUCGAAGACCAUUUAUUCAUCGACUACCCGCUUCAUCAGCCACUUUAUUCUGUAUCGAAUCAACAGAAGCUUUUGGACUUGAUGCAUACGACUUGCAUUACAUCACAGAACAUUUUCGUUACAAGUUUGCGAAUGAAAGUUUGAGGCGGACAUUGAGAUAUCAUUCUUCGAUUUGGAGGACUUGGGCUGCCGUAAAUAUUCAAUUUGCUUGGCAUCGUUAUGUGAAGAGGAGUAAAGGUUUGGUACCGAGUGUUGAUUCGCGUAAUGCAGAUAAUGAUAAACGUCUUCUUCAAUUUGCUGCUAUGUUUAUGUCUAUAAGGCCUCAUGAUCAUCUUGACUAGUUAAUCAUCCUUUUUUCCUGCCCUUUUUUAAGGGAUGUUUCUCCUUUUCAUUUUGAUUCAUAUGUUUUUUUUAUAAACAAAUAUUCUAUCAAUAAAAAUAAGAAUUUUUCUUU